GGUUUAUGUAGUAUAUCUCGUGCUUAUUCCCCUGCUGAUGGACAGUCUCGUCAUUUAUUUCAAUACGUCCCUAUUUUAAAUAAAUAAAUGUAUAAUUGUGUCCCCUUUUUUCCUGUAUUGACCCUAAUCACAGCUACCGGGGUCAGAAAAUUGGGUGUAACAAAGUGGCAGCCACGAGAGGUGUGGCAAUAUGGCCGCCAAGCGAAUCGAGGUGUAGCAAUAUGGCCGCCAAGCGAAUCGAGGUGUAGCAAUAUGGACGGUAACAGCACGUCAAGCAUGUUAGCCAGCUGUCUUGCGCCACCUGGCGGUCGAGCCGCUGGUUACAAGGCGGCAGGCUGUAGCACUAGCUGUAUGGGCCUAGCACGGUGGGAAGCCUCAGGAUGCCGGAGGAGAACUUGUCCCAGCUCCCGGUCCCCCGGCUCUGCUCUCGCAACAGCCGCAUCCCGACAAAUGUCAUUUUCGUUAACCUGACUCCGCGCACCGUGAAACCGAUCUGGAUCAACUUCCAGGGCGAACCUCAGGCCUACCCCAGCCUGCGACCACAUACCGGCCGCAGAAUGAUCACCUACCUGGGUAACUAGGACGGAGAAUAGCGCCACCCAGAGCCGGGAGAGAAUAGCCCUAGAGCCGGGAGGGAGGAUAGCGAGCCGGGAGGGAGGAUAGCCCCCAGAGCCGGGAGAGGAGAGAUAGCGCCACCCGGAGCCGGGCUGGAGGGAGGAUAGCGCCACCUAGAGCCGGGCUGGAGGGAGGAUAGCGCCGGGAGGGAGAGAGAGCGCCACCCAGAGCCGGCUGAGGGAGAAUAAUAGCGCCACCCAGAGCCGGGAGAGAGAAUAGCGCCACCCAGAGCCGGGCUGGAGGGAGGAUAGCGCCACCCAGAGCCGGGCUGGAGGGAGGAUAGCGCCACCCAGAGCCGGGAGAGAGAAUAGCGCCACCCAGAGCCGGGCUGGAGGGAGAAUAGCGCCACCCAGAGCCGGGCUGGAGGGAGAAUAGCGCCACCCAGAGCCGGGCUGGAGGGAGGAUAGCGGCACCCAGAGCCGGGAGGGAGGAUAGCGCCACCCAGAGCCGGGAGGGAGGAUAGCGCCACCCAGAGCAGGGAGGGAGGGAGGAUAGCGGGCACCCAGAGCCGGGAGGGAGGAUAGCGAGCACCCAGAGCUGGGAGGGAGGGAGAAUAGCGCCACCCAGAGCUGGGAGGGAGGAUAGCGGGCACCCAGAGCCGGGAGGGAGGAUAGCGCCACCCAGAGCUGGGACGGAGGGAGGAUAGCGCCACCCAGAGCCGGGCUGGAGGGAGGAUAGCGGGCACCCAGAGCCUGGCUGGAGGGAGGAUAGCGCCACCCAGAGCCAGGAGAGAGGGAGAAUAGCGCCACCCAGAGCCGGGAGGGAGGAUAGCGGGCACCCAGAGCCGGGAGGGAGGAUAGCGGCCACCCAGAGCUGGAAGGGAGGGAGGAUAGCGGGCACCCAGAGCUGGGAGGGAGGAUAGCGAGCACCCAGAGCUGGGAGGGAGGGAGAAUAGCGCCACCCAGAGCCGGGAGGGAGGGAGGAUAGCGGGCACCCAGAGCCGGGAGGGAGGAUAACGCCACCCAGAGCUGGGACGGAGGGAGGAUAGCGCCACCCAGAGCCGGGCUGGAGGGAGGAUAGCGCCACCCAGAGCCGGGAGAGAGGGAGAAUAGCGCCACCCAGAGCCGGGAGGGAGGAUAGCGGGCACCCAGAGCCGGGAGGGAGGAUAGCGGGCACCCAGAGCCGGAAGGGAGGGAGGAUAGCGGGCACCCAGAGCCGGGAGGGAGGGAGGAUAGCGGGCACCCCGAGCCGGGAGGGAGGGAGGAUAGCGGGCACCCCGAGCCGGGAGGGAGGGAGGAUAGCAGGCAUCCAGAGCUGGACUGGGAGGGAGGAUAGCGGGCACCCAGAGCUGGGCUGGGAGGAUAGCGGGCACCCAGAGCUGGGAGGGAGGAUAGCGGGCACCCAGAGCUGGGCUGGGAGGAUAGCGGGCACCCAGAGCUGGGAGGGAGGAUAGCAGGCAUCCAGAGCUGGACUGGGAGGGAGGAUAGCGGGCAUCCAGAGCUGGACUGGGAGGGAGGAUAGCGGGCAUCCAGAGCUGGGCUGGGAGGGAGGAUAGUGGGCACCCAGAGCUGGGCUGGGAAGAUAGCGGGCAUCCAGGGCUGGGCUGGGAGGGAGGAUAGCGGGCACCCAGAGCUGAGCUGGGAGGGAGGAUAGCGGGCACCCAGAGCUGGGCUGGGAGGAUAGCGGGCACCCAGAGCUGGGAGGGAGGAUAGCGGGCAUCCAGAGCUGGGCUGGGAGGGAGGAUAGCGGGCACCCUGGGCUGGGAGGGAGGAUAGCGGGCACCCAGAGCUGGGCUGGGAGGAUAGCGGGCGUCCAGGGCUGGGCGGGGAGGAUAGUGGGCACCCAGAGUUCACAGGGUUUUCACUAAACAAUACAUUUUAACUAAAUAAUUCCGAAUGGCAAAACAGAGGCACACAGUGAGAAUUCAAAGUCAAUUUCAAAUUUAAAAUGGAUCUCCACUGAUAAUCAUAAAACAUAUGCAAAAUGUAUGAAUAAAGAAUUUAUUUAAAAAAAAAAAUGGAUGCUAUAGGCACCCAGAUCACUUCAUCUCAUUGAAGUGUGCUGUGACCCUAUUCCUUUAGGCCGUAAAACAUUGCUGUCUUUGGGAAACUGCAAUACUUACAGUGCAGUACUACUACUACUAAUAAUAAUAAGACUGCCUAUAGUGGCUGUCUACCAGACAGCCGCUAGAGGCGCUUGCAUUGUCACGGAGUUUGACUCCAUGAAACAAUGCUGGAUGUCUUCACACUUUGCAACGUCUAGAAAAUCCGCAUAAGAAAGCAUUGAGUCGUUGCUUUCCUCAGUGCGUGCAUGACACUCACCACACAUGUUGUUGGCAGAAGAGGAGCGCGGCCCAGUGCAGAGGGACAUCGGCACCUAGAGUGCCACCUGAAGCUUUACAAAGCAGAUGUAAAGGGGACAGAGCAAUCCUGCGCUGGAGCACAGACUUUGGGUUUAAAGUGUUUGUGAACGAUUUUACAUUUCUCAACCAAAGCCUGCACCAGGGUCCUCUUGGUACCUUAAAGGAACACUAUAGUCACCUAAGUUACUUUAGCUAAAUAAAGCAGUUUUAGUGUAUAGAUCAUUCCCCUGCAAUUUCACUGCUCAAUUCACUGUCAUUUAGGAGUUAAAUCACUUUGUUUCUGUUUAUGUAGCCCUAGCCACACCUCCCCUGACUAUGAUUGACAGAGCCUGCAUGAAAAAAAAAACUGGUUUCACUUUCAAACAGAUGUAAUUUACCUUAAAUAAUUGUAUCUCAAUCUCUAAAUUGAACUUUAAUCACAUACAGGAGGCUCUUGCAGGGUCUAGCAAGCUAUUAACAUAGCAGGGGAUAAGAAAAUCUUAAUUAAACAGAACUUGCAAUAAAGAAAGCCUAAAUAGGGCUCUCUUUACAGGAAGUGUUUAUGGAAGGUUGUGCAAGUCACAUGCAGGGAGGUGUGACUAGGGUUCAUAAACAAAGGGAUUUAACUCCUAAAUGGCAGAGGAUUGAGCAGUGAGGCUGCAGGGGCAUGUUCUAUACACCAAAACUGCUUCAUUAAGCUAAAGUUGUUCAGGUGACUAUAGUGUCCCUUUAACUUAAUUUUGUCCUCAAGUGAAUACUAUAGCAUUAGGAUUACAAAUACAAAUUCCUAACACUAUAGUGUCCUGUAGCUGUUUAGGUUAACCCCCCCAUUUCCUACCAGUGGAUGAAGAAUUGUGCUUUUUCCAUGCUAGUCCUUACUCCUUGGCUGAGAUUAUCAAUCUUGAUGAUCUCAGUCAAUCCAAUGCUUUCCCAUAGGAAACCAUUGAAAGGCUAGUUUGUAAGCUUGUUAGAACAACAAUGUUUUUUACACUGCAGGAUUAGAACAUGAAACUCAGACAAAGAUGAUGUGGUAUGGGAUUCUAUAGUGUCCCUUUAAAGGGUUUAACCACUGUUGGUUUGUUAACCAUUUCCUGUUUUCCAGAUCAUUUCUGGCUUUUCCGAGACCUUGAAACUGAUGUUGGACUGUUGGCUAACAAGCAGGAAAUGUACUUCCCUGUCGAAGGCAAUAAUGUGCAGCCAAUUUUUGUAAACAUCAGUUCUCCAGGUAAGACAAAAAUGCAUUGUGAUAUAAAUGGCUGCUGGUAAUUUCCCACAAACUACAGGAGUUGUAGUUAAAUUAAAGCUGAAAAUAAGAUAAACUGUGUCUACUGUGUGAGGAAUUGAAAGUGAAUCGUUUGUAAGGGGAAGUAACUUGGGAGAAAUAACAUUUUAUUUUGAAGCUUUUUUUAAAAGCAGUUCUGUCACUGGUGGGGUCUUUAUGGAACGAUCCACAGGUACGGUUUCGGCUUGCAUGUUGGUUUUCAGGGGGAGAGUGAAAUGGAGGUAUUUUUACCAAAACUCCAACAAUUUGCUUCAUGUUUUCAGCUGAGCUUAAAGCCUGGAAAAAUUAGUAACUGUGAAUGUGCUCCACAACUCCGAUUGAGUACCACUGUGUGGAUUUAAUCACAUUACCCCCAACUAACACAAUCGGUUCCUUGCUGUUCCCUCAUAAUUCUCGAGGAACAGCACACAAAGUGUCUGCCAGAGCCCCCUUACCUUGGACCGUACCCCACAUAAUAUAUGCCUGAAAGGCUUGUUACCAUGGCACUUCCUAUCCAAAUAGCACCCUGAUCAAAGAAUCUGUGCUCGAGUUGCAGCGUGUUAAAGUUUUACCACGUUGCAGCUAUUCCCCCGAUAUGGGAACAAGUUCCAGGCAUGUGGUGGCUUGGUCCUGGACUCCAAAAAGGGUUUUCCAGAGCUCUGGGGAGGGGAGCGCUCUCAAGCUCUGGAUAUCCUCUGAUGCGUCUUUGCCUCCCAGACCUCCCCUCCAAAUAUCGCUCUAUUCCGGAGGUUGGGGAACCGAGCGAUACCCGCACAGUCCCAAUACCAGGAACAGUUUCGGGGUUUCUUCCAGUCAGACAUUCAAGGAGAAAAAUUAGUCCAGGUUACCCCAGAGGUCCUCAAAUCUGGCUGAGAAGAAAGCAGGUGUCUGGGACCCCACCAGUGACAAUAGCCCCUUUUUAGGGGCUUAUUGGGGCCAGGCCUGUAGUCCGUGGGUAGCAGGCUGGCGUUCACGCCUCACCAUCACACAUACCAAAAGUAAAAAAGGGUUGUUAAAGUGAGGUCAUAUUAACCUGACCUUGUCUUUCUGCACAAUGGAAUAAAUAAUUUUAUAUUUGAGCAGUAAUUCAUGGAUCUCGUGGUGUGACCUUUUGUACUUCCCCUUUUUUUCUUUUGGUUUGGAUUUGGAUACUGCGGGGGACUGGCAGGUGGAGAGCACCAACUCCUGGAAAUAUGCAAUCACACACAAUUAAUGCGAGUUCACUUGCGGAACUACAGCGGUCGCAAGGGUCGCAGCUGCAACCAGGCCCAUCACUCCAGGGGCCCGGGAGCCUGCCACCAUGUGUUCCGGCCCGCGCGGUGUAACUGCCAGGGCCGAAUUGAAGGGGUCCAUCGGGUGGCCCAUGCUGUUAGGGCCACCCAAUGGCAAUAAAUAUCCAGGGUGCCCGGUCAGCGCUGCGGCGGUUUAACAGCGCGAAAAGGCCCCCAUUGAGGACGUCAGAUGCUGGUUGGAAGUGACUGCCCCAGCUAUCAGAGAGAGCCACCCGGGAGGAAGGAGAGGGAGUCGGAGCGGGAUCUCUGACUCCCAUCAGCCUGAGCCACCACUGGACCCCAGGGAAAGUCACCCUCCUGAAUCUAAAAGGGAGGAAACAGGAGGGUGACUUAAACAUUUUGCAUGUGUGUUUCUCUGUGUGUGCAUGUGUGUGGGGAGGUGGGUGGAUGUAUAGGGGGAAAAGUAGAUGUAUGGGGGGGCCCCCAGGGCAAUUCUCGCACCGGGAUACUGUGGUUUGUAGUUACGCCUCUGUGUGAGUUGUUUUACCCAUUGGAGCUCCCAGUUGAACUCUUCUUGUCAUCUUUCUGCAACAUUGACUCCGCUCCUUCAGAUUUAAAUGUGGAAUUCAAUUAUUUUUUAUUAACAAUUCUUUAUUACAGCCCUGCUAGUAACCAAUGAAGGUUUUAGUUUGUGAUAGUUUAGGUGUAUUGUAAAAGAUAGUUUUUUUUUUUUUUAAAUUCAUCAUUUCUUUAUUCACCCUUUUUGCCAUGAACAGAGUAUGUCAGCCGUUCUGAUGGAUGUCCAUGGAGUUUUUAAAGCAACAUUCUGGGCACCAUAAUAAAUUUAUCUCAGGGAUGUUGUUAUGGUGCCUGGAGGUCUUGGACACUCUAUUACCCUAAGUUGCUAAACCAUUUACAAAUGGUUUAACCCCAAAAUUCCUUUUACUCUGGCACUAACUUCAUUGCUAAAAUCUUUUCACUGGACCCUGGUCAUAGGUUGAGAGUUUAAGCUGGCACCCAUUUAAAUGCUCAUCACAUCUCCUGCCCGCAACAUGACUUACCUUUUUCUGUCAAUAUAUUGCAGAAUUUACACUGAAAGAACACUGUAUCCAUUUCAUCAGGAAGAUUGUAAAGCCAGAGGACUAUCGCAAACUGGACAUUGUAGCUUCUUUAUACAAAGACUUGGAAGAUCUUCCGAACAUGACAAAAGACUUGCGCAGAUUGACAAUUACAUACUGGGAACAAAACAGAUCAUCCAAUUCAGAAGCCUGAAAGCAAUAUUUAUUUUUAAUAUAGGUUUCCACUGACCCUCAGAGUUUGCAAUGCAUUGCUUUGAUGUGUGCUUCCCAGCCUUUUGACACACAGCAGAGUGAUAUUGGACCACUGGAAGAAGAAAAAAAAAAAGUAUAACUUCUGUAUUUCAGAGUACCCUAUAGUAUAUGAUAAAGAAGUGACCACUAAUUGUUGCUUGCUAUGUUUGUAUAUUAAUGCUUCUUCCUGAAAAUGAUCUUGCUCUGUACAGAUUUUUAAUGCACCUUCUUACUCUUGAAGUCCCGUGGAGUUACGCAACUUUACCCAGACUGAGAUUUUAACAUUUGUUCUUCACCACCUUUUCCUGUAGGGACAGGUGCACAGCAAACUGAGUUUGUCUUCUGCUUUUAAAGUGAUGGGUAUCUUUAACUGGCAAGUGAGAGGCUCGGCAUUAUCAGAACAUAGUCCACAUAGUUACCUAUCAUUGACCCAAACAUUCCUUUUCUAACUAAAAUUCCUGGGUGUUUGAUAUUAUAUAAAUAUUGCGGCUGGUGCAUAGCACCCAUAUGUCUUGUUUGCACUAGGAUGUUGCUAUACAAGUUAAGUCUUAUUCAGUUGUGAUUGGGAAAUACUAUUCUGAACAUAUCAUUGCUGGGAUACCAUUGGAUUAUUUCCAAAAUGAUAAAAUGGUCAAUAUGAGUGGCUGCACUUUAAUGGCAGUGGCCGCAUUGUAGUUUUUUAUUGUCCACAGAGUACCAUGCACCAUUCUCAUUUCUGAGAGUGACUUAUAACUGUGCUGCCAAUAAGGUAGCCACAGUUCUGGUCUACUUAUAUUAACUUUGUCCAACUUGUCAUCAUGCACUUAUUCCGCAGCGCUUUACAAUAUUAUAAAAAAAAAGGGGGACAUUUUACAAUAAAUGAGCAAUUACAAUAUGUACAUGACCAAUAGGUUUAUGAGGACUCAUCUCAGUUUAUAUCUGUUUAUAGGGUAAACCAUUACUCCAGCUAAGGUAGAGUUACCAAUACUAUGUUUUGCCAGCUGGUUGCAGAAGCACUAGGUUGCUGUCUAUCAUGUAACAAUAGUGGUAGGGGCCCAGAAGCCUUGCUGCACUUGUGACCUGAUGUAAUCCUGGGGUGUUUCACUGGAGCAGGAUUAAUUGCUUUGCAGAUAUGUGCCCUGAUUCAUUUUAUUGUAAUUAAUUACUGUGGGUGCAGUGAGGGCACAUCUUGGCACAGUUUUCUGAAAUAUCUCUAGCUCACACCAGUUUGCAGAUGGAAAACUGACCUGCCAUGCUAAGAUGUGCUACAAUAGGGAUCCAGCCCUGGAUUAUGGCUCUCCACCACAAUAAGAAGAGAAAUAGGGGAGUAGAAAAUGGAGUCAUUUUGUCAUUGAGUAAAAAUAUCAUGCACAGACCCCUACACUCUUUGUUUCGUCUGAUUGUAAACACUGAAGUCUGAUUUGCCUUAAACUGCCGAAUUCAUGUCCUGGAGUGGCAGUUCUACCGUAGACUGUGUUUGUACCUGUUACUAAUGUUUAAUAUGUAAAUAUAUUUAAACAUAAUCUUUGCUGUGUUUCUCUUUUUGUCCUAAAAAGAAGUGAAAUUCUUGAAACAUUGCAAAAAAAUCUGUAUUUCUAACUAAUUUACUUUGUUAGGAUGUUCCAUGCCAUCCUCUACAGAGUGGGCUUUAACGCCGUUAGGAUGGCACGGAACAUCCUAACAUUUUGGUCUAAACAGUGUUAAAUCUCUGCUAAUACCAGAGUGCCAG